AUGGGAUCAAAACGAGUCAAACCGCUUUCCUCGAAGGCCGCAUUGCCUUUCAAGACGGGAAAUAAGUUCAGGAGGCAGGAUCUUCACGUCAAGCAAAAGAAAGCGAGGGACACCGAAAGAAGAGACGAACGCUUCAAACGAAAACGGGAAGAGGACCGAGAUCCAGAGCUGAGGAGGGAAAGAUUGGCCAAGAAUGUUCCGAUUACAAUCGACAAGAAGCGAGUCUGGGAUGAGGUAGAUGGAGAUGAUCUGGGCAUCAGUGUGGACGUGGAGCAAUUAAAGAGACGGCGGAUCGAGGAAGCAGAAGCCGCAGAGCAAGAAGCAUUACAAGAUGAGGAAGAGAAAGAAGACGAUGUGGACAGCAUGCUGGACUCUGAUUCUGAAUCAGAAGAAGACGAAGAGGAACCAAAGAGUGCUCGACAACGAGCGUCCUCCAACGCUCCCUCAACAACCAGUACCAACCUCGACCUCACGCCCUCCUCACUGGCCCUCAAAUUCCCAACUCUCUUCUCUGACGAACCACCUCCAGUCCCCAAAAUCCUCCUCACAACCUCCCUGAACUCGACCCUCCACAGGGAAGCACACCUCCUCUGCACUCUCUUCCCAAACACCACCUACAUCCCACGCUCCUCCCACCGCUACGGCCACAAGUUCUCCCUGCGAGAAAUCUCCAAAUUCGCCACAAACCGCUCAUACACCACUGUCAUCCUCCUAAAGGAAGACCAAAAGAAGCCCACCGGUCUUACAAUCGUGCAUUUACCAGAAGGACCAACCUGCCACUUCAGCAUCGCAAACUGGGUUGAAGGGAAGAAAUUACCAGGCCACGGAAACCCUACGAACCAUUAUCCGGAACUGAUUUUGAAUAAUUUCAGGACUCCGUUGGGUCUGUUGACUGCGAGGAUCUUUUUGACGCUUUUCCCGCCGCAGCCCGAGUUGCAGGGACGGCAGGUGGUGACCUUGCAUAAUCAGAGAGAUUAUAUCUUUGUGAGAAGGCAUAGAUAUGUGUUUCGAGAGAAGAAGGAGACCGAGAAGAGUGUAAUUGGUCCAGAUGGGAAACCUGUGAAGGGAGUGGAGGAAAUCAGAGCUGGUUUACAGGAAUUGGGACCAAGGUUUACGUUGAAGUUGAGGAGGGUGGAUAAAGGUGUAGGUAGGGCAGGAAGUGAUGGGCCUGAUAAGGUGCAAUGGGAAUGGAAAGCCGGGAUGGAGAAGAAGAGAACGAGAUUCAAUCUUUAG